GUAUCGCUUAUUCAGAGGGUUGACAUACUGGAAGUGCUAGUUAAAUUUUGCUCUCGCUUGGGCUGCAACACAUUGAUCACUCUCCCAACUUCUGGCAUUUGGUCGAAGGAGAGGCCGGGACCAAGCCGGUCCAUAUACCAGACUCGAUGAAGAUGCAUCUACCACUGAUUCUACGACCUCGAUUGACCUGGCGUUAUAUCGCAGGUGCCUUGGUAGCGAGUUAUCUAACAUACUGCUUUCUUUUUGCAUCCCCGGUCUUCUCGUCCAGGCUACCGGCAUACAGAGGCGAGUAUGGUGUCGGUGCGAUUGAUAUUGAGUCGCCGAUUGAGAAGCGGGUUGUUCGAGACGCAAGAUUCAAGCAGGGUGGACAGCCUGCGUUUCAGGUUGAAACGGUCCUCUUCACCAUAUACUAUCCAACCGUCAAAGGUGCUUUAUCCUCCAAGCCCGCCCAUCGAUGGGUACCUCGACCCCUGGGCAUUGUAGGGUCAGGUUAUGCUCGCUUUGUCCGUAUCAGCAACUUUGUGACCGAUUCCAUCUUUACUUUUGGGCUGUGGCUUGCGGUUGGAAGUACCCAGAUUCCGGCGCAGGUCGAUGUUGCACUGCACGGCACUCCUUUACAGGUGCAAAGAACAGAUCCUAUGGCAUUGUCUUCCAGUGAUGCUUUUCCCGUCAUGGUCUUCUCCCACGGCUAUGCCAGCUCCCGUACCCAAUAUACACAAUACCUCGGCCAAAUUGCCAGCCGUGGUUAUGUCGUGGUUGCUGUGGAGCACCGAGAUGGGAGCGGCCCGGGAUCCGUCAUCAUGAAAAAAGGGGUGGAGGAUGUCGACCGUCUCACCUUUUCUUCGAGCCACUUGAUAAAUGGCUCAAACCUCGAUAGCGAUUGGUUCAAGCAAGCACAACUCGACUUCCGGCAAGUCGAAAUUGAAGAAACGAUCAAAGUCUUGCGUCACAUCAACGAAGGGCGCGGCGAUCUUGUCUUCGCUGACAACCCUCGACAAGAAGGAAAGGACCUCAAACAUUGGCAAGGCCGUCUGGCCGUCAACAACGCCACUAUUGGCGGACACUCGUUUGGGGCGACGCUUGCGUUACACUUGUUGAAGAACGGACCUUCUCACGAUCUUCCAUUCCAGGGAGUCGUAGCCCUCGAUCCCGGCAAAUCUAGCGGGCGUCUCAACGACGACAUCCAGGUCCCAGCACUAAUUAUUCAUUCCAACUCUUGGUCACGCAGACAUUCACUGUUCUUUGGUCGGCCACAUUUCGACGUCGUCAAGGAUCUGGUGAGGGGAGUGCUAGACAGGGCCACGGAUGCAUGGUUUCUGACCUCACUCGGGACCUCGCAUCCCUCCGUGACCGACGCACCAGUCCUUGCGCCAUUUCUGCUCAGUUGGACCACCGGUUCCACCAUUGACGCACGUCAAGGUGUUAAUCAAUACGUUGAAACCACCGGAAGCUUUCUGUUCUAUCAGCAGAGUGGCCAAAAGACUGGGUUGCUGGCCGAAUGCAUCACACAUCCAGAUUAUGAUGUCCCCAGACCCGGUCACCAGUUGCCAGGGUACUUGAGGAAGUACUGGCAGAUUCAUGUUUCGCCUUGCAAGUCUGCCGAUUUCAUUCGUCGAUAGAUCAAUGGAUUCGGGCGGACCUAAUGGUAACGGUCACGACGAUAACGUGAUCUGAAGAUGCAGGAUUCGUCCGCAAACAAGAUUCAGUAUGAGGAAUCGUGUUCGAGAGAGCCAUGUGCUUCCUUCAGGAAAGAACAUGCGUUGGUACUACUUUCGGCUUGUGUUUUUCGAGGACUGUCUCGCCCCAAGGUCGCCUGUGUCUCUUGUUGCUGUAGACAAGGGAUGCGGAGAAGGAACUGAAGAUGGCCCAUUUGCCGGCAUAAGACAUGGCAUGAAAACUUUGGAGGAAAUAUAAGCACACUCAACGAACGCGUGAAACAAGAAGUUUAAAUGGUGGUCUGAGAGCUUUAUCAUAGCUUUACGCUCUUGACGAGGUUGGUUUUGAUACCGGUCAAUUCGCCGCCGUAUCCACCUUUGCCCUCGCCGCCCUUGUAGACCUGGCGCAUGCUGCUCAACUUCUUCAUCUUCUCAUCAUAUUUCUUCCGCUUCUUCACGCGGGGGUUUCGUACA